AUGAUUCGAACAGGUUCAGGAGUUCAAAUUCAAAAAUUGCAGAUACCUCUUUAAUAAAUUAAUCCAUUUAAUGGGCAAAUUCGAUAUAGCAAUCCAUAUUCAGAUGCACCUAGCACUCCUUAGAAAUCGAUAAUAGGUUAAUAAAUUAGAGGAUCAUCAACAUUUACACCUAAUAAAAGCUAAUAGCAAUUUUAUUUUAAAGAGAAUUCUAAUACAAUUGAAAGUAAGAUAUAAUCAUUAGUUAAUGAGAAUUACUUUCUAAAUUUGGAAUUAGAAAAAGCAAGAAAUGAAUUAUAAAAUAAUGCUUAAUAGUAUGAAUAGUUACAUUUAAUAAAAGAGAGAGUUAGCAAAUUAGAAGAAUUAAUAGACACACAAUAUAGUGAAAUAGAAAUAUGGAAAUUAAAAUAUUAAAAAGCAGCAGCUGGAGAUUCAAGACUAGAAAUAAAUUAAAUGGAAUAAUAAAUAUUUAAUGUUAUUGAUGAAAAUGAAAGAUUAAAUAAGAUUAUAUCUAAUUUGGAAUAAUAACAAUAAGAAAAGGAUUAAGAGAUAAAAACUCUAAUGAUGACAAUUUAAAAAUAAGAGCUGGAGAUGAAAAAAUAAAAGGAAAAAUUAAUAGUAUUUGAGAAAACAAAUAAACCUGCUGUUUAAUGUAAUCCAUUUGCAAUUGAAAACAAAAAAUAAUCAAAAUCUACAACAAGUGAUUUAAAGCAAAGUAAAUCUAAAAUCAACGAUUCCGAUUCAAAUAGGAAGAAAAGUGAUCAUAUCUAAAAAUAAGCUUAAACAAAAAAUUAAUAGGAUAUUAAUGAUUUACAGAAUUAAAUAAAAUAAUUAUAAUCUGAUAAAUUAUAGUUGGAGAUAAUUGCAGAAGAAUUAUAAGAAAAAUUAUAAAAAUAAAACUGUGAAAAAAGCGAGAAAAAAGAUUCUUAAAAAGAUUUCAACUAAGAUUAAAACUUUUCAAGACUAAAACAAGUAAUACUUCAAAUAAUAUGAUAUAGGAACUUUCAAAUUAACAAAUACUAAUACUUGAAGAAUUUAAGAAGUAUAAGGUUUGUUAGUAACAAAAUUUAAUGAUUAAAGAACAACUUAUUUAAUGGGAGUUAUUUUUGAAGUCUCUUAAUAGUCAAAUAUAGAAUAAAAAUGAUCAAGAUGAUUGUGUUGAUGCUACUAUUGAGGAAUUUCAAAAUAGCUCAUCAAAUUGCCUAAAAUUAAUUGAUUAAUUUCAGAAAUGA